UUGAAAAUGACCCGUUGCGUAUCAUACUGGUACAAUCUUAUUUUCGUCCCCUUUACCGGAGUGGACAACAACAAAAGGUGCGUGACAUUUGGAGCGGGGCUUUUGUUCUGCGAGACCAUAGAGGCUUACAUUUGGUUGCUAAGGUCAUUCCGUGAAGCGUACAACAAGCAGCCUACUCUUGUGUUAACUGACCAAGACCCGACUAUGAGGCAAGCUGCUAGUGUUGUUUACAUGGGGUCCCUUCAUCGACUGUGCGUGUGGCACAUAAUGAAGAAGCUGCCCUCCAAGGUGACGUUGAAGACGACACCGAAGUCAGAGCAUCAACUUGUGUGGAACAUUUACAUAAAACUUGAAACAUUUGAGCGUAGGUGGGCGAAGCUUUUAGAAAAGUACGGCCUGGAAAAUCAUGAUUGGCUGAGAGACAUGUUCAACAUCAAGGAGUUUUGAGUUCCAGCAUACU